AUGACAGCUCGUAUCUCGUUCUGCCUCUUAUUGUUCUUAACGGGCGGCCGUGAUUGCACGCUACCUGGGACAAUAUCACCGCCACUCCUUCGUUACUGCCACAUUUGCGCCGAUCACACCAUGUGCCGAUACCCCGACGACGUCCCUGGAGUUAGGUGCGCGAUGCUCGAGCACGAUGAUCUGCAGGAGAAGGACAUCGAGACGAUCCUUUAUUCGCAUAACUUUUAUCGUAACACCGUGGCGAAUGGGGAUGAACGACGGGGCAACCCUGGACCGCAACCGCCUGCAAAAUACAUGAUGGAGAUGAUCUGGAAUGACGAACUCGCUCGGAUCGCGGACCGAUGGGCGUUGCAGUGCAACCUCCUCGAGAAAGAUCAGUGCCGAGACGUUGGCAAGUAA